CAGAUCAAACAGAUCGGUUGAAAAAGCUCUAUGAAGAGUACCCCGGAGCUGUGAAGGCAGCUCGAGUUGCCAAAUGGAUGUUUCGAGACUUGAAAGGUAUGGAUGUGGAGUACAUUGUGAACGAUGUGGCACGAGACGGCAAGAAAAUUUGGGAGAGCAGGGCUCAAGAUGUUGAGGGGAGUCAGCUUUUUCAAGCUGUGCUGCUUCAAUUGGCCCAAUAUCCAGAUGUUACAGCAUUCUCCUCUUUGAGCGAGUUGGAGAGGAAAGCUUUCACUGCAAGAGGCAAAGAAACAUUGGAGAAUAUAAAAUGGUCACUUACAAGGAGUCAAGUUCUCGCCAAGGUCCUUCUCCAAAUGUGCAGCAGCAAUUCUCUUGGUCAGGAUGCUGAGCUUCUGGACGCUCUGUGUCAGAAUGCUUCUAUGAUUGAAUACGAAUGUCUGUCACGAGAUCGGCCUAACACAGCUUCUGCAAAGCUCGAUUUAACCUGGCAAAGAGACAUGUCUAUUUCUCCGAAAGAUGUAAACUUGGGCUUCUCUGUCAAGAUCAAGCCCGACACGACCACGACAAAGGACUCUGGUGACAGGACAAGUGAGACCAGCGUUGUUCAGCGAAGCAGGAACGAACAAGGAAAACAAGAUGGACAGUCUACCUCAUCUGGCAGUUUCGGCGGCACUUGGCCAGAGAAGAUCUUACUUUCCUUUGACAAUAUGCUGUACUUGAUGGAGCAGGAGAAGAUGGUGGCAAAAACACGGUUGGAAGCCAAAUAUGUGCAGGGAAUGUGCAUGUCUCUCGAAGCUUUCUUGGAGAUGGCAACUAGAAAGAAGAAACAAGAACGGUGGAGGAGCAGGAAAAUGCCAAAAAGCAUGCAUGAAAUAGAAGCGAGUAUGAGAGAACUAGGUAUUGAAACAUGCGACCAGAUGCAAGAGAUGAUAUUGAAAUCAGAUAUGCCCGCAGCCUGGAAAGGCCCACUCAUAGCCUUUCUCUUUGUCUGGCGGUGUGCAGCCAGUGCAUGAUACAUCCUUCCAGUGGCGCUGGAGACAAGUGAUGAACAUUCUCCUGACGGAGGAUCGCGGAACAAA